UCUUAAUUAUUCCGCGCAAAACAUUUUACUUUGAAAACAUUUCUUAUCAAUGAGAAGCGCAUGGCGCCUUUCUUUCAAUAUUCGAUAUUUUAUGCAUCGUAGCUUCGAAUUCCUAUAAAAAAUAUGCUUUUAUCUUAUCUCGUAAAAGUUAUUAUCAUUAAGUGUUUACUAGUAUUACCGUCAUUGUAUCUUAUCUUAUAAUUUCCCAGCAAUCCAGGCGACAGUUUGGCGCUCAUUUUGUGAUAAGAGAAAUGCUUAAAUAAGACUGAUUUCUUGCAAAGUCCCUUUGAGUGGAAAGAGAAGCGUAUCGCGAAGGUAGUAGAGCUUUAGAUUAACUGCAAGGAAAAUGAAAAAAAGGAAGAAUUAAGUGCUAUUAGUAUUUAAAAAUGAGUGUUAUUUCGAGUGCAGUUGAUGGCGUCGGAUCUGUUCGGCCGCUUUCUGCGGAUAUGUGUGGAUUCGAUCGACCCAGAGAUCCGUACAAGAUCUACAAACAUAUCUACAGAAGGCAAGCGUCAAGGGAGGCGACAUUCAAGAACUGGCCGCAGCAGCUCAAUCCGUCACCCAAGGAGCUCGUGGAGGCGGGAUUUAUCUACAAGGAUCGCAACGACAUUGUCAAGUGCAUCAGUUGCAAAGUGAGACUGGGCGGUUGGCAGCCUGAUGACGAUCCUUGGGUGGAACACGCCAAAGCCAAUGCUUCCUGUGAAUAUCUAAUUCACCACAAGGGAGAGAACUUUGCACAAGAAGCUCUUGAGCAGCAAAAUCCUUCCGCUGAUGCCGAAGACGAUCAACCCUCGGCGCAUCUCGAUGCUCCUGUUGGCAUCUGCAAGCUCUGCGGCGAGGAAAAGUCCAACAUUAUGUUCAUUCCUUGCGGACACAUCGUCACUUGCGCAAACUGCUCAACCAAAGUCAAGAAGUGCUUCUACUGCAACCACAGAGUCGAUAAAUACCAGAGAGUCUAUCUAUAAAGUUGUGAUGAAUUAAUAAACUCAUCCAUCCGUUUCAUAUAAGUGUGAUAUAAUAAUAAAAGUAGCUUUAAGGAUGAACUGAUGCAAGUUUUCUUGGAAAUGCGGUCAUGUGAUU